UAGGGAAGAAAGAAAAUACCAUUGAUACACUACAUAUAAAGAAACUAACUAUUGCUACCAUGUUUGAUCCCAUCUCCAACUUACAGUAGCAUUAUAUCAUAAUACCGGUAAUCUCGUGUUCAUCAACGCUAUAUCAUGCCCAGUCCGGUCAACACAAGUACAUCCCUACUAGAAGACUCAAAAAGAUGGUACCAACAACCCUGGACCCCGAGCCAGAAGAGUAAGUGGAGAAUUUGGUAGCGGUGCUCGCUACCGUAGCAUCGGUAGGUGCAUAUGUACGGAGAGCCGACGGUAUACCGGUCGGUAUGGCAGUUGCUGUCUCGACAGUCAUAUCGACAGAGGAAGGGAGUACCGAUCGGACAGUGCCAUCAUCGUAGACGGGAUAUUGGCUAUAAUCGCCUGAAAGAUAGUCCGCUCCGUCAAACUGGCAACCCGUGGUGCCACGAAAGUAUCCAUCCUCGUAAAUAAAGUAGCAACCUUUAUCAUGUCGUUUGCUGUGCGACGACUUGAAUCUGGCGGGUAUCUUAGCUCUGCAGCUGUAAGGUGGCAUAUUAUCAAGGCUGGUUUCAUUGACAAAAGCCGGCGUAUAGCGGUCUGCGCGAUGAGGAAGAUAGCCGAGAACACAGUUUUGAAAGGCCACCACGAAGGCUGGGCUUAGGUUCUUGGCACAUACGCAACCCUGAAAGUUUGAUGUUUUGGUAUGAUGCCCACAGUCGCGGAUAUUGGAGAUGAAGCGUGUAUUCUUGUUACCAGAACACAUCUCUGCUGCCAUUAGCAGGACAUCGCGGACUCGAACUUCCGUUUUGCCAUCAUUUUUGCUCGGCAAAUAAGGAAGAUCGUGCUCGUCAUGGGCAACGUUGACGAUGCUGAGCUGAUCUUGGUAGCUAUUUUGUAUAGCCUUAUCGGACAAUACAUUCUGCAUUGGAUUGUCCAGCAGUAGAUGAGCAACGGAAUUCCUUUGAAUCAGACAGAUAGCAAAGUAUUGGUUGCGGAGAACCGGAGAGAGUGUUGUUUCUCCAGCGAGUUGAGUACAAGUGUAUUUGUAUCGAAAGUUGUGAAAGUCUGUUUUUCCAAAUGAGAACUCAGAGCCCUGGCAAACAGGCAAUAGUUGAAGCCAACCAGCAAGCAAUGCAAGUGUUGAGGUCUUCAUUUUUGAGAUGGAACAAAAAAGAUGUAGGAAAUGAUGGUAUGGGGACGGGACGGUUGAUGUGUCGGUCGUUGUCAAUGGACGCCCUAGUCUAAAGCGCGUGUGCCCUAAAGCUCUUUAAAUAAUUCCCAACACUUGUGUCCCUGUCAUGUUCUCAGAAGAGAUGCAUCACAUAGACUGAACCCAAUAGACUUACAAGGUUCCGUUUAGUCAACACGUCCUUACCCAUGCCGUGUGGGGUGUUGGCUGAUACGGCAGUACCAAGCCACCGGUGCAGGGCAACGGGCGCUAGCCUGGCCUGCUCCUAGUUCCCGCGUGGCAUGCGGGAACUAGGAAAGUAGCCGACACAGCGAUCCUCAUCGCGAGAAAUACGCUGGACCGAAUCUGUGCGGGAGGGGAUGCCCUCAUUUCCACCCCGGGUAUGCCGUCAGCCAAUCCCAGGCACUGAGGAGCGAAACCCAGGGGCCCUGGUCCGCAAAAGGCUUCCAGAAGGCCUACGGCUCUGUAUAAACAAGGCUGUAGACCGUGUUUCAGUCCCUCUCAGCCGCAGCCGCCUCCUGCAAAAUGGAGCACAAUUCUGCGCCCAAGGUCACUCAACCAUGGCUGCUAUAAGGAGACAUCACCCAUGACCAUGGGGCAAUAUUGGUUUCUGCAUGGAGAGAAAAGGGGGAGGCUAGUAAACGAGAGGCGGGAUCUUGAUCAUAGUGUGCGAGGCUACGCGCCUAGACGAUUUGCGGGCAACAUGGUGGUCAGCAGGAACAGGGACUUCACCACCACCACGCUCGGCACUUGCAACUAUGCCAGAGUCCGAAGUGGUUUUCCAGAAAUUUGGAUCUCCGAGGUGUGGCCUAUCAAAUCUGUCUAUCCUGAGCGAGGUAACCAUUGCGACCGGCAAUGGUGCUUCAUCGGGAUGUGGUGCAAUGCAGCAGAGACGACCAGUGAGCCUUGUGGCAGAAAAUAGACGAGCAGGUGCGCCUAAUCCUAGCACCGCCACUGUGAGUAUCGCCCUGCUUUGCUGAGGUCUAAGCCAUCGCCAGCCUACACCAUUCGCCACAUGAUGGUUGAUUUCUAGGCAGACAAACAAGAGUUGCUAAAGACGAAAACUUUGCAGUGGGCGAAGCAAUAUGUGAUGAAUUCAAAACAACAUUGUUUCGCAACAAGAUAUCUUUCCGGUAACCCCGUGUCUAUCAAGACCCUCAGUGUCCCUACGGCACCCCUUGCUCCCCCAUUUUCCGUCCGUCCCCUUGCUCAAAAUAGCCAACCAAGAGGACCGGCUGACUUACACGCGCUACUUCCCGCGUCGUAUCGCGGAGAAGAUGACAAUGUUAUUGCCUCCAGCCAUGGUAUUAUGGCUUGCAUAGCUCAGGAGCUUGAUUUGAAGCGUCUGAGCAACAUUCAGCAAUACCUAUGGCGUGCUGGCGUGCCUCGGCCGCCACGACCCCUGCACCGCCAGCUCCUUCUUGGCCGGCAGAUUGUCAUUACAGAACAGAUGGAUAUGCAUCUUGUCUGGACGAAAGGAAAGAUAUUUCUAAAGCCAGUCCUACGGUUCUUGCUUGAGCCUACCUUUUGGUCAGCAUAUCUCAACUGUCAAACUUGCUGUGUACCGAACAGAAAUCCCUUCCACCCCAGCCAAAUAUCUUGCAAACGUCGGUGUGCACUAGGCUUUUUAUACUCUUACACAGCGUUGAUAACCCAUGAGAGUGAUUUCCGCGUUGCGCAAGAGAAGGGUCUUCUUCCACUAGAGAUGGAGUGGUCGGCAUGGAGGACCCUCGUCUACCAACUCAAUGUCGAGCACAUCCACCAGCGCAUCGACUACCGUUUUAUCCAUGGAGAGCUUCGUCUGAGCCGCCUAAACGAGAUUUACUACUUUUACAAGACCCCUCUGCGUGGGUAUAUGCCUAGUUGGGAUCGGUACAGUGCCUUUUUCCAGUACCACUUUACUUGGCUUGCUAGUACCAUUGCCUAUAUUGCUAUUGUGCUAACCGCCAUGCAAGUUGGACUGGCUACUGAGGUACUAGCUCAUAACGAUGCGUUCCAGUCUGCUUCCUAUGGGUUUACAAUCUUUUCCAUCCUGGGUCCACUGGUUGCGGUGGCGUUGAUUGUGAUAUACUUCUGUGCGUUUGUUAUAUUCAACUGGAUAAAAGCUGCCACCCGAAUGAAGAAGAGAUUCUCGAAAUUGGAUUGCAAUCAAAGAUAAAUAUUAUUGAAUUUGACACUUGAGAGCCUGGAUAUUUUGACUCUGGAGAUGAAAUUCCAAGUGGAUAUACACAAGUUCCUGUCAGGGUCACGUAAUGCAACAGCCGCAAUGUCGUUAGCAAGGAAAUAUAUGACAAGUUUUGACAUUAUUAAAAUCAGAGUAGGAGCUGAAAGUAAAUAC